AGCUAAACUUCUUAGCAACCCCAACAAAUUUUCUAGAAAUUCUUCUUUAAUAGCGUUAGGGAUUCGCAACUGCAUUAUGUCUGUGUGGUGUGUUUCAAUCUUGAAGAAAAGCUAGACAUUCAUCUUUCCCCUAUUUUAGCGCUUGUUUAAAUCUAAGAAGCUGCCUCUACCGGUACUGAUUAGGACCCCUGAUCGGACGUAGAGUAGCUAGGUAAUUUGUGCUCGUUUUUCAACAGUCGAAAAAACUUUUUACCCAUAAGAUUUUAAUUUUCUCAUCCUAUCAAGAAAAAUCCCCCAUCAAAACAUGAAAUCCAUUUCCAGGAUGAUGAGUUUUCCUUUUUCCCUCUCGGCGCUCUUUCAACUCUUGUUCACCACCAGCCUGUACGCUCUUGUUGGCGCUUACGGUCUUCAAGUGCAGAAGCGGCACAGCGAGGUCACCCGGUCGGUCAUUCGAAAUAGGCCAAAGAAGACUACAUCAAAGAAGACACGAGGGGGCAGCGGCAAACAUGCAAAUUCGGAUUCGAUUGCUGAUGCUGGUGCACGACAAACAAUACAAGUGCAAGAUGAAGCAGACGCGGACCACCUGCACAGCAGGGUGGCUGCGCCUAGCGCCAGUUUGGAAGUGGCACACGGCACGACUGGAGAACCUCCGCAUGCUGCGCCACAUCAACCCACGGGCCAUCUUUCCGAGGUUCAAGAUGUGCAAUUUGACGAUGUUGACGAGGAUCAUUACAACGAUCACGACGCACAGGACCUUGAAGAGCCUGAACAGGAUCAGCAGACCAUCGACGUGGAUGUGGAUCAGGCAGCUACACGACUGUCCAGACACGACGAUCCUGCAGAUGAACAAGUGCUCUCCACUUUCAUCGCGCUCGCUCUCGGCGAAGAAGCAAAGACCGCUUUUGCCCGCACUACCGCAAAAAUGACCGCCGCUGACGGGGACGUCUGCUUCAUGAUCAUCGGUGGCAUUGCCGGUGCCGUUUUGCUCAUUGCGGGCAUCAUCGUCGGCUGUUGGUGCUACUUUUCCCGAGAAAACAAGCGAAAGACCGAAUCAAUGAAGCGAAAGGAAGCCAAACCCAAGCAGCCGCCCCCGGUUGACGCCGCUCCCGCGUACCAGAAACUGCUCGAUACGUAUAAGUUCAACGAGGAGGACGCCCGGGUUUUGUCCGAAAAGCUCGCAGACCCGAAUGUGGACGGCUCGGAAGAAGUGCCGCAAGAGCAGGUAGAUCUGAUUCGCAAAUACGCGGGAGGAAGGAGAGGAUCUGGGGAGGAACUACCCGAAGGAGGAGGAGGUGCUCGUACGACUACUUCACUCCAGCAAGGAGCAGAUGCGGCUGCAUCUCCUGCACAUGUGGUUGCUGCUGCCACUGGCGACGAACAAGUUCUUCAAGCGCAACAAGUAGAUCAGGACCAAGAACAACCCGAAGUCACAACCGCCACGACAGCGCGAGCCUCCGCCGCAGAACAGGAGCAGCCCGGGACGGGUGAGCAACCCGCGCUGAGGAAAAGUUCCGCACGUGACGUUGCAGUUGCUCCUACAGGUGGUCCGGUUUUUUCGUCAUCUGCCGCUGGUGCAACUACCAAGAGGACUUCUACAUCCGCGACCGCUCCAGCGCAGCCCGCUUUGGAGGUUCUUAGUACACCGCAAAACAGCUUCUCAGCCGAAGGAAAUAAGUUGAUCAACACGAUUGGUUCCAUCCGUGCAUUUCUCGCGACGCAGGAAAAAAUUCUAUCCAGUGCAAAAGUAUCGUACUAGUAUAAAUCGCAUUACAAAUCACCUCAGCAUUACAAAUCAAAUCUGUAAUGCUGUUUCACCUUAGGAGAGAGAUUUGUCAUGCAUAACAGCAAUUACUACGAGUACGAUACUUUUGCAAUGCAUAAAUUCCCACGAAAUACGAGGUGUACCUGCAGAUUUUUCGCAAAUUGUUUGCGAAAACCAUGCACGAGUUCCCGGAACUGUUUCCGGAUUUGUUGGAGGAAACCGCGGUUUUGCAGCUAGAAGACGCGAAGAAGAACCCCGUGGCCCGCACCAUGGACUACAACGUCGUGAAUUCCGUUGUGCGAGCCGCGUCGAUGCGAAACCGCCUCAGUCUGGAAAGCAAGCAAAACAAAUCUGCGGGCAGCAACAAGGGUGAGGCAGCUCUACUUGCGGAGGAAAACGAAAAGGAAAUGAAUUUUGCGAACAAUAAUUCUAGUUCCGCUGCUCUUCUUCUGAGCAACAAGCAAGAGAAGCGCAUGAACUUGAAUCUUGCGGCGAAGAGAAUCGAGGCGCAGGCGCAGCUGGUCGCGGACGCUUUGGCGGAUGCAAAUUUACAAGCGGGAGACGCUUUACCCGUCGAGGUCUUCGCCCCCUUGCAGAUCUACGGCUUCGAAAGCACCGACACGCUGUCUUACGCGCGCUGCUGGGUCGAAACGGGCACGCAGUCGCCGGACGCGGCCGCGAAGCGGAUGAGUUUGAGCAACGGCGAGCGGUUCGCGUCCGCGGUAGCCACGGACUUGGUUCCGCGGGAAGUGCACAAGCUGAUUCCUUCGAAGAACCUGGUUUUGCACAUGCUGAAGAAGCGGCUCAAAAUGAAUCUUACUGGUACACAGCAAGGACAAACUAAUACUAGCGCUCAUAAGAACCUCGAUGAAGUCCUGUUCGGUUUGGAGCGUCCCAACGCGGACCAGCAUUUGGGUCUCCUUAAGCCACUCUGGACCACCCCGGCGGGGGAGGAGGAUUCCAACAAAAGCAAGGCGAAGAAGAGUGGGGAUGAUGAAACGAAAUCCGACGGCGCCGGUGGGUCUAACAACCCUAAUGGCUCCGCCGUCCCCCUCGCGUUCCUUCACACCGUGGAACGGGAGGAGCUUUCCCCUGAAUUAUUGCAGCUCCUCUUACCCUUCGGGUUCCAGAGCAACGACAGUGUGCAACGAGUGCAGCACUGGAUCUUCCACGGGUGUAUUACCCCCGUGGACGACCUGCCGCCCCGCGCGCACUACUGCGCGACAAGGCUAAUGAAAACCCUCGGGAAGGACGGCGAGCGAGAGUUUUUCAACAUGUCAGUGGACCACGGGACGAGUUCGUCGACCUCCUUCGAGAGCCCUUUAGUGGGUUCCGAGCAGAUGAUCACGCAAGCGUUUUUCGAACCCCAGGAACUCGAACUCCGUGGCGCGUCGCACAACACGGACGACGUGCAGCAAUUGAUCGGCACGGGCGCGCUGUUGGAAAACGCCGUGCAGAUUCACAAACUGCAGGACCAGCCCGCGGAGUUGCUCUUUUUCAACCAAUUGGUCCAAAAUUGCGGCUUCGAUCCCAUCACGGACAACCAGCUCGGCUUUGUUCGUGAGUGGAUCUGGGCGGGCAGUCCGUUGAUUGCGAACGAAGUCCCGCUGCGGGUGCACCGGUUGCGGAAAAUUCUGCUGGAAAACUCGAUUUUGGACCAAGAGAAGUGCUUUGUCAUUGCGGAUGUCGUGGCCCACCCGGAUAAAUACGAUCCGAUGAUCACGUUGAAGGAAUUACUCCGCGCGUUAGAACAGUAUCAAAUGUAAAAGUGUCUGGGUCUGGAAGAUUCUGAGACUUGUCAUGCAUGUUUUGCAUUGGGAUUGGCCAUGAUGUCUGUGAUGCAUGCCCUAGCAUCACAGAUUUUUUGAGGGCUUCGCGAUGCCUAUUCCGCAUGACAAAUGCCCUCUCCGCGCAGCAAAAAUUGCAUUCCCUUUGCUGCUCAUGCAAUACAGAUUUUUUUGGAAUCCAAAAGCAUCACAAGUUGCAUUCUUCCAGACCCAGACAUUUUUACAUUUGAUAAACAGGUAAAGGAAGCGAAAGAGAAGCCGAAGAACUCCCGCUCCUCCGAAGCGACGUUUGGGCGCACGAGCAAGGCUUCGACUGUAUCCAAUAAGUCUGGGCAGACCAACACCAACACCAACACCGCGCCCUUCACGCAGAACAGCACGGAGAAGCUGGCGAUCCACGGUCUGAUGUCGGCCUACGGGUUCCGGGAGGAGGAUGACAUUCUGAAGAUCCGGCGGUGGGUGAUCUUGCAUUGUCCGAAGAAUGUGGUGCAGUUGAUCCCCAACCUUUCCCAAGCCGCGGAGCACUUGGAGAAGAAUUGCGGGUUAAAGCCCCGCCACGCGGUCAAUGUCGCGAACAUUGCCGCGAACAAGGCGAUUCCAGAAGAGAAAACGCUGGGGUCUGUGGUUUUAGAAAAGGAGGAUCAGCUCGGGAUUUUGCUGGACAUUCUGGAACCCUUCGGCUUUGACUGCGACACGGACACGGUUGGGAAUCUCCGCGCGUGGAUCAACUAUGACUGCCCGGACCGGCUUUCCGAAGUGGGGAAGUUAAUUGAGAAACAAAAGGAGCGGAACGCGGUUCUCGGAAUCAUGGAAGUUGACAUGGCGGGUGGACCACUGUUUAUGCAGAGUGUUGUUGAGAAGCCGGUCAUUGCCGAGCAGCAAUUCUGGUGGAGCUGGUGGAACCGGCUGACGAAAGGAAGAGCUUCGAAGGACCUUUCUCGCACGAGCAAUAAAGUGUUAGACCCGACGUCGCUCCCCGAGCGCGCGGUUCUGGUCAAGCACCUGCGGUCCGGCGGGGUGGCGAAGCCGUACGCGAAAAAACUGGCCGACGCGGUCACGGAUCCGACGUGUAGCAUGCCCCGCACGGAAAUCAUUCCUUCGACGGGACCGGAGAAGAUGGGUGUAUUGCAGAAAUCGUUCGGCUUGCACAUGGGCGACAGCAUCGCGAAGGCGCGGAGUGUUCUCUUCGACAGUCUGAGCAAAAACCCGAACGGGCUGGGCCAAGCGGGCUCGCGGUCGAAGAUGUUGGAGCGGGAGUUUGGAUCCCCCGUGCCGGGUGCGUUACAGGAGAAGCAGCGCGACAUUUACAAGGACGUUUUACAUGACGCCGGCAGCACGCUCGAGUACAGCACCGUUGUGGCCGACGCCUUGGUCAUCAGCAAACGGGGUGGGGCCGCCCUUGACGGCACGAAGCAUCUACCCGCCCCGUUGGACCAGGGGGACGCGAUCGUGCUGAGCCUGCGGCUGGGCAUUGACCCAGCCACGGACACCAUCGCUUCGGCCAGGACGAAAAUCGAGGCGAUCGUGAAGGCGCAGGAAACCGACCACGAGGAGAGCGACGACAGCAGUAGGUCAAAGAACACGACGUCGCGCGCGAGUGCCGCGAUGGCCACGCAGGCGACGGAAUACGAGGACAUUUUGAAGUCUGGUGGCGGACCGCCGCACGUGAACAAGACGAUCAUGAUUAAAUCGAUGAUUUUGCAAGAGGCGAAGAAGCUGGGGAACGAAGUGCAAAUUGUCAACUCGUCGGAGGAAGAAACCGAAGAGUCAGAACUGGAAGGUGUAGGUGGCGGUUCUAAAAAGAAACUACAAAUGGAGACCCACAUCAGUGGCCGCACCGAGGGACCCUCGCGGCGGGACGUCGCAACAAUCGGGCUCAAGAUGUCGGCCCCGGGCUCGGUGGGCGAGCUCCACGAAUCUGCGCCGGCGCCCCUGGGCGACCCUGCGUUGCUGGCCAAGUUGUUCAUCAACGUGGGGUUAGACCCGGACUUUGCGCUCGGGUUAUCAAAACUUCUAGUCGACCCCAACGUGAGCCGGAAGCGGCAGCUGAACGCAGAUUUGAGUUGGCAGGACAAUGAGGUGCUCAACGCCAUGGGGUUUGGCUCCGUCGAGAAAAAAACCGUCGGCGCGUUUCGCGACUGGGUCAACCGCGCGACCGCAGGGGCUUUCUCGACGACGCAGCUGGCCAGCGCCAAGGACGUGGACGGGUACGCGCGCGAGAUGCUGAUCUUGGUCGGAUUCUCGCCGGAGUACGCGAAGAGAUUGGGCAAGCAGUGCGAAAGUAAAAGUGUCACUGACGACGCCGAGCUAACCCCUCCGGGCGGGAAAAAAACCGGGGAUUUGAUGCGGUUUGCGCAACUGGGGCUCCUCCUUUCCCCCGAAGAGGCGGUCAAGCAGCAUGGAAGCAAGCGGAAGAAGGAGCUCCGCGCGGCGUUGGAUGCUAGUGAGCAGACCGCAGCAGAAAAGCACAAGAUCAAGGCCAACGUGAAAGCCAAGGGCGACCUGUUUUGGCUCAAGGCCCGCACCCGGACGAAGAAUCUGGAAAACGAGCGCCCGCCCUCGAUUGUGAAGAUGAGCAUGGCCACGGUCAAACGCAAAACCCUCCCCGCGGACGUGGUUCUCCACCUCCUCCCCACGGUCGGCCGCAUCCGCGCCUUCGUGUUCGACCUGCACGAGCUACCCGCACUGGCGCAAAUGGCAGAACUCCCUCUACCGGAGCACGACGAAGCGUUGUUCAUCCUGCAGAAGCGCGGGUUCAGCGCGGAAUACGCACAGCAACUCGCCGAGCAGUUGGUCGAGGCCCCGGUGGAAACCGUCCCGGACUCGGACCCGAUUCCCGAGCCCCGCGGCGCCGACCGGUCCGCGCUGGAAGCGCUGGGUCUCGGUCCCACCGCGAACUGCGGGCUGUUGCGCGGGUUUCUGGCCGCCGCGGAGAUGCCGUGUCGCAUGCUCGGGAUGCAAAAAGCGCCGGACGAAGACAUCGUGGCUUCGGGUGGAGGUGCGGGGGGACCUGCGGUUAAUAACAACCAGGGGACGUCGAUCUUCGGGACCUUUGCGGGUGCGAUCCUCGGCACGAGCACGACCGAACAGCAAGUCCAGUCGCUCCCCCCCAGCCAGCAACCACUGUCUUCCUUUCGGCCCAGCUCCACGCACGAAAGCCGGCACAGCUCCACCCACAUCACGGGUAUGUUUGGAUCGGAAGCACUAUCGGGAGCAGGGAAGAAAACGCAGACCGUCCUCAUUACCGAAGAACAACAAAAACAGCACACAGCAAGCGUGAAUUUAUUGCAAGAAGCUGGAGCACCAGCCCUGCAAUCGCUGUACCAGCACACGGAGUUGAAAGAGCAAACGGCCAGUGCCCGGUCGAUGAAGAAGGCAGAAAUCUCGCAUGUGGAAGUCGAGCAAAUUUUGACCGAAGAUUUAGGCGCGACGGUGAAAUACGCGUCCGGGUUGGCCACGCAGAUUUUGGACGACACGGUUCACCCCGACACACAGAUUGUCACUCCUCCACCCAACAACUUCCCUCUCUCCUUCUCAAAAGACCAGGCUGCCCAGCAGGCGUACGACCUUAAGGGCGAGAAGGAGUGCGUGGGGAAAUUACGAACUUUACUUCAUGCACUGGUCCAGGUGCGGAGGUUGGCCCAGAUUCGGAUCGACAAGAAUCUGGAGAUUAGUGACAUGAGCGGGGACGAGGAGCAGCAAAUGUCUCCCGCUGCGGCGAAGACUUCGCAGCGGAAGACGAAGGCUUCGGCUGCUUUUGUCGAGGACGAUUACCCGGUAGCUGCGGCAGCAAAUGCCUACGACGCGGAAGUCGCCACGCGGACCACGACUCCAUUUACGACGGACGGGACAGCUGCGCUGGCCGAGUACCAGCAGAUUCAGUACCGUCUGCCCCGGCAGGACGGGGCGGACUUGGAGUGCUCCCGCGCAGAAGUCCUCGCCAUUUUACUAAACAUGGGCUUCACCCGCGUGUACAGCGAGGUAGUCAUGCGGCAGCUACUAUCAACUGCAAAUAUGUCUGGGUCUGGAAAGAAUGGGAUUUGUGAUGCUAGUUGUUGACCACACAAAAAUCUGUAUUGCAAGAGAGGCAAAAGACACUCAGACUGCUGCCACCCGGAGUGGGCAUUUCUCAUGCAGUACAGGCAUGAACAAACCUUUGCGAAAGCUGCGAUGCUAGAGCAUGCAUCACAGGUAUCGCGAGCCAUGUACAAUUUGCAUGACAAACUCCCCAAAUCUUCCAGACCCAGACAUAUCUGCAAUGCAUAGCUGCUCAGUCCCAUGGUGCCGGAGUCCGCGGUCUUGGCCCCGGUGCCGGUUUGGGACAGUCAAAACAUCUUCGCUCUGUAUCCUGCGUAAAAACGUCCCCACCCCAGAGUUGUCAUGCAAAUCUGCACGCUGAAGAUGUUUCUCAUGCGGAGCCCCAUGAGAAGCAUUUUUCAGUCGUGUUUUGGAAUUUGUCAUGCUCCAAUCAGCAUGAUGUAGUAGAUCUGCGAUGCUGCUGAGCUAGCUCAAACAGCACUACAAUACAAGUCUAAAUUUGUCAUGCAAAACAGCCAAAACUUGUGGAUUUGUCUAGCCGAGUCCCCAUCUUGACUAUGGGGCAGGGACGUUUUUACAAAGGAUACUCUGUUCCCCAAACCUAUCAACCACGUGGGAAAAAUGCGCGCGUUUGUGCAGUCCUGGUGGCGCGCGCCCUGCGCGGUCGGGGACUUCCGCGGGUUCGACGACCAAAAUCCCUACUUUUUGAUCCGGAUUUUCACGACGUUAGGGCUGUCGGACGUGAUAAGCCAGCACCUCGUCCAGUUACUGAGGUCGACCUACGAGUACCAACAGUUGCAGUUCGACAACAACAAUGCGCAUCAUCAAUACGGCGGUGGUGCGGGACUCACCGUCCAGAAGUCGAUGCACGUUUUUAAACCCCGCGGGAUGGAUUUUCAUUGCUUGAAGCAGAUCAACGCGUUGUUGCUACAGGACUUACACAAACCUGACAAGAUCCGGUUGGAGCAAUUAGGCUUCCGCUAUCUAGUCCCCAUCGCCGUGCGGAAGUUGUGCGCGUGGGUGGGAAAAUUCUGUUUGGCGGUUAAUUUCGGGCACAAGAAGUUUUCCGAGAAAAUGCUCUCCAAGCACCAAAACGCCGUGUCCACCCAGGGUGCGGCGAUCCUACUCAACCAGGCUUGCGGGUUACCUUACAACGGCGUGGCCGAAGUGGUUGCGGUGUGGCUGUACCAGCAAAAUGCUACGUCGGGAGAAGUGGGUGGUGGGGAAAGGAAAAGCCGAGUUUCAACCCGGAAGAGCAAAGCUGCGGGAGGUGUUGCGCAACCUUCUCCAGAGGUAGAUCCUGUUGCUGCAGAAGAAGCUCAAGCUGAUGCCAGAAUGACGUUUUCGAAGGAUGCUCCGGGACAAGGUGAGGAAGUUGCCGGUCAAGGUGAAACGGCUGCUACAUCCCCGACCCGGCCAUCAACGGCAGCGGCUGGUGGUGCUGUGGAACCACGGACGUCGAGGAGCUCUACUUCUAGGAAAACGAGCAAGAAGUCUACUGCGGGAGCAACAGCUCCUCUUGCUGCCGCUUCUUUUGCUGCGGCGCAACAAACGCAGCCUGAGGGCGAGGCAGACACCGUCGCGAUCCAGGAAGGGGGCGAGACUGCAACUGCUGCCGCAAGAGCAUCGAGUGCGCGGAAGAGCAAGAAGUCACAGCUUGCUCAGGACACUGAAAGGCAAACCGGUAUGUUCGCUCAGGACGACGGAGAAACUGUUGUGGCACCAGCACAGGAAAUAAUAGAAGCUGGCGCUAUUGACCACGAGCAGGCCGUCCCGGUAGAGCCAACAGCACAGACAAUGCCGCCACAAGAAAUAACCGCCAAACCCGCACAACUAAAGCACGACCGUCGGUCGGUGCUCCGGAGCAAAUCGAACCAGAAGUACGUGAGCAUGCUGAAGCAGCUGCUUGCGACGAAUCGCGCGGACAUGGACACUGCAGCCGUGCACCCCGGGAAUGUCGACGCCUUUAUGGACUCUUUACUCCUGGAAAGCAUCCCCUGGAACGCGGAGGAAGCCGCGGAAACCGUGGAAAAACUCUCGGCGAUUGUCGGUCAAGAGAGCCUACUGCUCUCCCCCGCGGCCGGCGGCAGUUUUCCUGGGCAGCAGCAGCAAAAUAUUAAGUCCUUACUCGCGGCGACUCUGUACAGAAACGCGUGUGAAAAACCGAGCUUCUCGGCGCUGGACUUGUACGUGGAUCUGCUCAAUCUUGCCGCGGGUGGACUACACAAGGUUAAUAACUCCUCGCCAGAUGAUGUGGUUGAUCAGCAGAGCUUGUUGAACAACAAUUCCACGCAGGAAUUAGUACGCGUACAGCAAGAGAAAGACGCGCUCCACGCGGUAUUGCGCCGGGAGAAGACCGCCUCGGUUGGACCCCACUAUUUCGUCGAUUUUUCCGUAUUGGUUUCGCUUCUGGAUCACAAAGCAGCAAGUCCCACAACUCUGUCCUCGAAAUUAUCCUCCCAGCAGCCCGCCUCGCAGGCCACCGGUGCCUCCACGUUGGUGUCCAAUGUAACCGAAAUGGAAGAGGAGAAAGCCGCGGAGUCGCAACAAAAAAAGUGCAAAGCCUACGCUGCGGACUUGGCGCGACUGGAAGAGCAGGUUCUUUGCCGGCCUAGUAUCGGGUUGACGUUUCGAAGAUUUCUCCGCGAGGAAUUUUUCGGCGGGAAAAACAAGACCGCGCUGGAAGAUUUGCAGGUGUUUUAUCAAUUUUUGAGCGACAGCAUGCCGGUUCGGUACACGAAGUUGACAUCGUUAGGACUCCCUGGCGCGACGACUUUAGCGGCGGAAGAAGCAGCUGCUGGGCUCGGUACUCCGAGCGCAGCUGCCGCUCCGACGUCGACGGAUUUGGCAGCCGCGGCCAAAGUGGACCCACGGAACACACUGACCACGAAAAACUUCUCCGUCAUGCCUCUCCCCGGGGAGAAAUUAUCGGAAACGAUGCGGAACACCACUGAUAACAAGACCAGUCAAAUGUUGACCACCGGCGGGAACACGGGCACAACGCCCGGAGCUAAUGUUGCGGGUGAGGGCGAAGCGUCCAUUGUGCUGGAAGAAGGUGUUGGCGGAGAUGAACAACGGGGACAAACCACUUCCAAAACAUCUUCGAAAAAGAGCGUGACAGGAGGAGCUCGACAAUCCGAACAAGUAGUAUCGGGAAGUAAGAAAGUUAAAGUAUCAGGGACAAGACUUACCGGGGCCGCCGCGAGCACUUCUCAGAGUAAGAAACUGUCUUCUAAAAUCGGCGGUCUCCCUGAUCCAGAGUUGUUCGGAUCCGUGGCGCCACCUCCAGGAGGCGACGCAGCAGCCACUGCAACCGCAGACGGCCAGGAACAGGAACAAGAACCUCAGCAGCCCGAUUAUGUUAACGACGAGACCGCAGCGCUGCUGGCCACAGGCGCUAGUACAGGCGUUCUUGCAGCCGGUGAGCAAGUAGAUAUGAUGAGUCGCGCCGGUGAUGUCCCAAGCCCUACGAUCGUUGACCUGCAGAAUUUCGCUUCCCGAAAAAGAACCCAGGAAUUCGAAAUGGAACGGGAAACCAAAACGACCCCCAAGCAGCAACGGUCUGGUGCCGAGUUCACGUUACAGGCGUUGCGGACCAGGUUUUACGCAAAACUGGAGCAGAUUUGGAAGCAGCUCGCGUUGCAGAUGAGUAAAAUUUCCCCUACUAGCUUCAAAUCCGCUUUGCCAAAAUCGCAAUAUCCUGCGUCGCUGCUCCGGCAGACGAGCUUCGAGCAAAGGAUGAAUAACACGAGAAACAGCGAGUUUUAUUUUUUGACUAGGAGGCAAAAAUGCUCUGUCGCGGAAGUCGCCGAAGUUUUGCAGAUGAAAGAAGUGGAAGAGGGAAGCGGUUGGGCAACCGGAUUAUAUCCUCCCGUAGCGGCCCCCGCACAACAACUUCUCGUUUCCCCGGAAGGCGAGGCUGGUUCGAUCGUGAUUCAGGAGGGUGGCGAAGGAGGUGCUGUCGUGGAAGGAGCUGCAGCUUCUGUUCGCAGAACGAGCAAAAAAUCGAAAGGACAGUCGGUCCAAGUGCAACAACCACCUCCGGUGUUGACAAAUGAUGCAGCAACUUCGACGACCGGCAUGGGACCCAUUGCUCAAUCUGCAACCGGUGUUACAGCAGAAGCUAAGACAUCAAGAGCUUCUGCCAGAAACACCGCGGCCAGAGGACCCGCUUCUUUGGCAUUUGGUCUUGCAGGUUCCCCAGACAACGAACAACCCGGAAAUAAAAUCAGUGCUUUUGCUAGCAGUCCAGGAGCUGCAGCUGCGCCGGUUGCCGUUGCGCCAGUUUCUAGUCCCGCUCUGCACCAAGCUCGCGAACUUUUGUUCUCGCCGCAACAGGCCGACAAUACCAGUUCCGAACAAUCCCGUGGCAGCGAAACCGCAAUAAACCUCCGCAACUGGUUCGCACAGCAGGAAAAAGAUCUUUUGUCCUCGCGCGAGAAGACUCUCACGUGGCCGCACCUCUUCUUCAUCGACCACCUGGAUGGCAACGCAAAUUUGAUUCCGAAAGAUGCGUUGGCUCCAGAGGAGAAACCGGGGAACUGCGCAGCGUGUUGCAGUUUCUGCUGCAUCAGAAGGGCGCGGAAACAGAAGGAAGAGACGCGAAGGGGGGUACUCCGGACGAUCAUCGACGAGUUGAAAUACAAAUUUGAUCGGGAUCAGCCGGCGCAGUAAGUAGAGGUCGUGGAAGCGCCAAAAAACUCCUCACUGCGUCGAAACCAAAGACGGCAGGGGAAACGCACAUUUUUUAGUUAACUUUGUUUAUUUCACACGUAGUAUAACACUCCAAUUGCAAUUCCAAUUCCAUUAUAUUUUACAACUUACUUUUUAUUCAACACGGUAAAACUUUAACUUGAAUAUCACGCAAAAUCCAAAUCAAAACAUGUUAGGCAGUUUGUUAUUUUCCGUUUACAGUCACGUUUUCUUUCUCAUCAAACUUAAAUUUUCCAUGUAUUGUUCUACACACACGAAGCAGAAGAAGAAGAACAAAACCACAGGCAGUAAAAUAUUUUUUUUAUCAUUUACACAUCUAUGAGAUUCUACUUUUGCGGCCCAUUUCAUUUUACUGUGAAUCACAAUCCUAAACACGUUUUUACUUAACUUUUGUCACACACACCAUUAGCAAUGCGAAUACUUAGCAACUUCACAUCACCCUCCCUGAAUUAGCGAGCGAUCCGCCUUUCGGCCAUUUCUAUUCACAAAAUUCAAGCACCAAACACAAAGCAUUAAUUUUUCAAUUUUCAACCAAAAUCUCAAGUUCCUAAUUAAGACCAAGAGUGCAAAGCCCACCGAUCUAGAAAAUGAAG